AAAAAGAAAAAAAAAAGAAAAGAAAAAUAGAAAAGCAAGAAACUCACAAAACAUCAUCAAAUGGCAGAGGCCACCUCGUACCUUAACCUCCUCGACCUAGACGCUCCCAUCGACGAUCCUCACCAAACCUUAACCCUAGCCACCAUUUCUUACUCUUCCCACCACCACCACCACCACAACAACCUCCACUCCUCCGACCUCGUACUCCCACCACCCUCCGAUAUUCAUCACCUUGAAUCAACGGUCCGGAUUCGACUUGUAGACGAAGACGAAGAAGAAGAAGAAGAAGACGACGUUUCGGACAUCGAUUCGAUUUCCAACGGCACCUACCUCUUCGGCCACCGCGAGAACCAAGUGAAUUUCGUGAUGGAUCUGUUCCACCAACGCGUCGAGCAGUCUCAGGUGAUGAUGGGCGACCCAGAUCUCGUCUGCGAAGCUCUUCAAGAUUCAACCUUUCGUGUUUUUGAAGGUAAUAAUAGCCAUAAUAUCAAUAAUCGUGAUGUGGGUAUUGAGAUGUUGGACCUUGAUUUAGGGUUUGGGUUUGGGUCUAGGUUUGAGGUUGAAAGGAAUUUUUUUGAUCGGGCCCAUAACGAGACUUGUCGUGUUGUUGAUCUUGAUGAUGAUGAGGAUGAGGAGGAUGAUGAGGAUUUUUUUGUGGGAAGGAGGGUUUCGAGGUCUCAAUCUGGUGAGGCACGGUCUACGGUAAGUGCUGUGGAAUUUGAGAGUUGCGUUCGUGUUGUUGGGUUUGGGUCUGAUUCGGACGAGGAUGAGAACGACCUCGUGUUGGGGAUCGAUUUGCAUUCGAUGAAUGGUGAUGAUUGUUGUUUUGGAGAAUUGGAUGGUAUACAUGAGGUUCAGAUUGAGGUUGGUAAUGACAAUGAUGACAAUGAUACGAGCAUGAGCCUCAGAAAUCUUUGUUGGGAUUCACUUCAACUGGAGGAUCACAGGGAAGUUAAUGAAGAUUUCGAGUGGGAGGAAGUGGAGGAAGUUGAUGGUCGUGUUGACGAGAGAGAGGUCCUGAGCAUGUUUAUCGACGAUGAUGCUGAAGAGGAUGAGAGAUUGGUGCCCGUUUUUGGCCCCCCAGUAGAGGAAGCGGGUGCGGUCAGAGUUGUAGGGUUGGAGAGUUUGGAGUGGGAAGUGUUGUUGACUGCUAAUAAUUUGGAGAUGAAUCUUGGAUUGGAUAGCGAUGCUGAACCUUACUUUGGUGAUCAUGAGGAUUACAUUUAUAAUGCAGAUGCUGAGUAUGAAAUGUUGUUUGGGCAAUUUAAUGAUUAUGAUACAACGGGUAAGCCUCCGGCUUCCAAAUCUGUUGUUAAGAAUUUGGCCUCAGUGGUUAUGACCCAGGAAGAUGUGGAGGGUAAAAAUGCGCUUUGUGCAGUUUGUAAGGAUGAUAUUGGUGUUGGGGAGCAAGCUAAGCAGCUACCAUGUGCCCAUCGGUACCAUGGUGACUGCAUUGUGCCAUGGUUGGGGAUUAGGAAUACGUGCCCUGUUUGCCGGUUUGAAUUGCCCACAGAUGAUGCUGAGUAUGAGCGUAGGAAGGCACAAAGAGCUGCCCAUGGUGCCUGAUGUUUUUUCCUCAGGUACCUUAAUUCUGAAGGUUGAACCACAAUCUGGAUAAUUUUGUUUAUUGUGUGUACACAUUGUCUCCUGCAAGUGGUUUAAGUUGGUGGAAAACUGGAAAUACUUUGGGCAGUGUUACUGUAUGCUUGUGAACAAGAGAAUAUUUAGGGUGUUAGUUUUUGUAGCAGACUUUGAGAUUAUGUUGUCUUGAUGACAUUUUCUUUGUAAAUCUCAUUUUAUUUUGGAUCUGGUUAUUAGAUAUGAAUUAAAUAUAACCUUUUUGCAGCC